UCAAAAGCUGAUACGUGGGGAGGUGACUUGGCGAAAGAAAAAAACAAAACGAUUUUGAGUGAGAUUGUUUGAGAAACAAGUUGACUCAUUUAGCUGUUCAUUUGUUUGAUUUAAAAGCUAGUUUCUUAAGAAUUGCAAACAGUCAGUAUGUUGUCUGGCCAGAGGCUAACUAGACGGCUUGCUAUCGAACCAACGUUAGCUAGCUAACACGGUGGCCAGUUAACGUUAGCUACCUUGCUUACCAAACAACAAGGACUGAAUCCCGAGGCUUCUGUUAUUUUGCAUUUGUAACUUUUUCGAACUGUUGGAAACAUAACAUCGAGCUAAUCACUACCAUGAGUUUGACGAUGGAGACCAGUGUCUCUUUCCUCAAAUAUGAACUUGCAUCGACCAUCGAACAGGCAGUGAGGUGUGCAGUAGAAGCCGUUUUGAAGGAAACUGCUAGAGUAGUCGGUAUCAAACUGGCCGCUGCUCGGACUGCUGCUGCUGAGUCUCAUCGUGAGAACCAAAGUUUGAGAGAGAGACUUGACGUAUCUGAGGGUGAACUCAAAGCAACACGGUACUACAUGACAGCAGCCGAGAAGAACAUCAAACAGUGUUUACUUCUUAAUCACAAUCAGCCUAGAUCAGGUGCUUUAGGACCUGGUUCCGAAGAGUCUCCUUUUCUCUUUCCCCCCACUGCUUCGGGGAGUCCUUCCAAUAUGCUCACGACCCGUGGCCCCAAGUCGUUUCGAGCCUCAUCCACACGAUCACAGUUUUCUAAGUCACUCCCCAGUGUCGGUCUUUGCUUACCAACAGUGCAGCAUGAAUGGCCCAGGAGCAGCGAAAACUUGAGAAGAAUACGGACAUCCUCCUCCACUGUCUCUUCUACCAAUCCCUCACGAACAUCCAAAGUGCCACAAUUAGAGGUUGGAAACUCAUCUCAUCACACUGAGGAGGAUACAGAGGGUCAAUUCUACAUUACAGACGAUGGCGUUGCAGAGAAAGAGUACAAAGUCCGUGCAAGUGGAGGAGAGGACUCUGGAAUAAUUCAACAGGAGCAGGAGGGAGGAACAGUGGCAGCAGAGGACCUUCACAGAACUUCUGAUAUUACCAACUUUGAGUUGGAGAUGGGCCAGAGUCACCCAGCAGGCAAUGUGAAUGACCUAGGCCUGAUCCAGGUGCUCGAUGAGGUGGAUGAAGUCAAAAGAACAGUUAAAAUUGAAAACGACCCUGAGGUCCCAAGUAUGCUGGAGUCCCACCUCCCUGAGUCAUCACAACAACUGCCACAGACGCCAGCUCACAUUGAUAAUGAUGGUGACAAUGAUGGUCACUUCAUGGGGUUUGUCCCACCCUCUGCAGGGGACGCUGGUCUUCUAGGGGCUUUUGAAGUCCGAAGGGAGAGCUCGGAUAAGGUGCAUCGUUGCAACGUGUGUGGCCGGGGAUUCCGCCGCUUCUACUGCCUGAAGACACACCAGCGCAUUCACACGGGUGAGCGGCCAUAUCCCUGCAGGUAUUGCGAGAAGCGUUUCCGACACCUGGACAGUUUGCAUAAGCACCAGCGCAUCCACACUGGGGAGAGGCCCUACCGCUGUGCCCAGUGUGGCUGCUGUUUCAGGGAGCUAGGCCAGCUCAAGAAGCACAGGCUGACCCACUCACCUGCUCCCACCACAACCCACCCGGCAGUGGCACUGUCUCUACUCCAAGCAGGGCCCUCCUAUACAUGGCCACACCUCCACUCACAGUCCCUGGAUUCCUAAUCAGGAUGGAUUUGGUACACACAUUCAUACAAACAUAUUUUGUAAACAUGAUAUGAUGGUACUAAUUUUGUGUGUUAAGUUCACCCUAAUCAAAGUUAAUAUUAUUUAAUUGACAAUGUACAUAAGCUGAUCAUGUAAGAAUCAUCUAUUUCAGGUAGGCUAGUGGUUAGUUACCCUUUCCUUUUCUGGGCCUCUCGAGUGGCGCAGCAGUCUAAGGCACUGCAUUGCGGUGCUAGAGGUGUUACUACAGAUCCGGGUUCAUUCCCGGGCGGUGCCACAACCGGCUGUGGCCGGGAGUCCCAUAGGAUGGCGCACAAUUGGCCCAGCGUCGUCCAGGUUAGUGCUCAUCGCACUCUAGCGGUUCCUAGUGGCGGGCCGUGUGCCUGCGGACUGACCCCGGUUGCCAGUUGAACCGUUUUUCCCCCAACACAUUGGUGCAGCUGGCUUCCGGCUUAAUUUGGCGGGUGUUAAGGAACGCGAUUAGGCAGGUCAUGUUUCGGAGGACGCAUGACUCCACCUUCGCCUCUCCUGAGCCCGUUGGGGAGUUGCAGCGACGCGACAAGAUCGAAAUUUGGGGAGAAAGGAGGGUAAAAUACAAAAAACAAGUAAAGAAUAAUCUAUUUCUAUUACUGCUUGUUCACAAUGUUCUUAAUUGGCAUAAAAGGGUGUUCAUUAUGCAGUCACAGAUAGGAGCAGGUCUGCAGAUUCCGCCUGGAAAGGUUUAUACAACAGUUUGGCAUCAAGGGUUGAUUUUCGUUAACUACACACACCUGGUAAAAUGGAAAUAGAGAACACUUUGGCUGAGUGGAUAGCACAAUACAGAAAUUAAUAGUGUUUUUGUUGGUAUUAAAUGCAGAUCUUUAUCAACAGUUUAACACUAUAAUUAUAAAGCCAAAACUGAAGGGAAAAUAUGUAUUUAAAGUGAUGCUUCUGUUGUAUAUUGUUUUCAUUAGCCUGUUCAUUUUGAACAGGAAUGAAUUUAUUUUGUACAUUUUUGAUUUACCAAUAAAAAGUCACAUUUUCAGA